CGGAAGUCUAUUUUCCUGAAAAAGAAAGGACCAGAGAGCAAUAAGGACUAGUACAAAAGCAGUAUGAAUGUGUCAACUGCUGCAGAUCUGGAUCGUAUGGAGGUGAAUGCUAAAGUCCAGGCAGCUCGGCAUGUGGCUAAAAUGUUGCAGAGACCUGACCAGCUGGAGAAAGUGGACCAAUAUAGACGUAGGGUAGUCAGAAAGAAGGCAGCAGUAGAAGCCAUGUUGAAAACUGCAGUCCAGUCCCAGUUGGAUGGAGUUAUCACUGGUCUGAAUCAGCUACAUACAUCAUUGAAGGAUGUCAAAGAUAUUCAGACAAGUUUGGUUGAGGUUGAUGAGAUAUACCAGACAACAUCUGAGUAUGGUGCUCGCCUUACAAAGAUCAGGGAUGAAAAUUCUAGGCACAGCCAGUUGGCAGCUGCAGUAGAAAAUAUGAAGCACAUAUUCACUGUUCCUGAGAUGGUUCGCAAAACUGAAGAACUCAUUGAUGAUGGGAAACUCCUAUAUGCGCAUAAAGGGUUGGCUGAUUUGGAACAAUCAAGAGAUGACUUGCUCUAUGAGUUAUAUAAACAACCAACAAAGAGUCCAACAGAUGUCAAUACUGUGAAGCAUUACUUUGGUGAAGUAGAGAGACUCUCAGACCUCCUUGCCAAGCAGCUGUCCCUGAUUUUACAGCGUACGCUCAUGACAGUACGACGAGAACCACAGAUCAUUGUAUCUUGCCUCAGGAUCAUAGAGCGGGAAGAACUUAAAGAUGAGGGCCAUCUGAAGCGCCAAGAACAAACUGGAUUCCUACCCCCUCAUAGACCUAAAAGGUGGAAAAAGAAAUGUUUCGACACAUUCAAGGGAUCAGUUCAAUCCAGGAUUGAAGGUAAUCAAUUUGAGGAUCGAUCAAGUGAUAAAAUGUGGCUUGUCCGUCAUCUUGAGAUGACACGUCAAAUUGUACUCGAAGAUCUACAAGUAGUCAAGUCAUUGUGUACGCCUGUUUUUCCACCGCACUAUGAUAUUCUAGACAAGUAUGUGCAAUUGUAUCAUGAUGGAUUAGCUGAACAUCUCAGUGAUCUCAUACAACAAGGCCUAGAAGGAAAUGAAGUAGUGUCUCUACUCAACUGGCUAAAUACAUACACGAGCAAAGAGCUGAUGAAACACCCCUCCCUGAAUGUGGAUACAUCUAAACUUAGUCCCCUCCUCAGUGAGGACACAGUGAAACAACUAGAAGUGCAAUACCUACAACAGAUUAGAGCCAACUUUAAAGAAUGGAUGGCCAAUUCUCUGAGAUCUGAUAUUAAAGAUUGGCACAGGGACACUCCGCCAGAGGCAGAUGGUGAUGGCUACUUUAACACAGCAUUGCCUGUUAUACUAUUCCAGAUGAUAGAACAAAAUAUUCAAGUAGCAGCCACUAUAAGCAGAGACUUAGUGAAUAAGGUACUAAACCUAUGUGUACAGGAAAUGGACACAUUUGCCAGGACUUACAAAGCUGAGGUUCAUAGUUACAAGGAGAAACAUUUCCAGGACAGAAGCCAACCACAGUUUUUCAUUAACUACAUGAUUGCAAACAUCAACAAUUGUCGCUCUAUGAUAGAGUUCACACAGCAGUUGAAGCAGAGACAUAGCAAAGAAGACCUUGAUGAGUCUGAGGGGAGAGAUGGCUUUGUAGCCAUGGCAGAGACAUUUAAUAGGAUAGCUAGAGAAAGGUGUGGUUACCUUUUAGAAGAGGUAUUCAUGGAUCUGGAACCACAUGUCCAGUCCCUGCUCACUAGACAAUGGUUACAAAGCAGCAAUGCCAUAGAUACGAUCAACAUAACACUAGAGGAUUACUGCCAGGACUUUGUGCAUCUGAAACCACAGUACUUUGAAAUGAUGCUCUAUGACGCCCAGAGUAAGGUGCUAUGUGAAUAUUUAAAGGCUCUCCUUGGCAGAAAAGUCACCUUCAAGAAUUAUGAAGAAAGAAAAAUGGCUGCAGAGAAAAUCUGUCGGGAAGCUGACCAGUUGAAUAGUCUCUUUGGAAGAUUAUCUCCUAACUUCUCAAGGGAAGCCCCAUUUGAUGUCCUCCCCAUGUUAGCAGAGGUGAUCAAAUUGAAAGACACUUCUAUGAUGUCACUGGAACUUUCAAGUAUUAUAGAGAAAUACCCAGACCUGCGCCAGGAGCAGGUAGUUAAUCUCCUGUCAAUCAGGGGAGAUGUUGGACGUGGGGAUGCUCGCCAGCUUGUACAAGAGAGUUUAGGGGAAGAAGAUCCAAACAGGCCACGACCUAAAGGCAUCUUCUCUGCCUUAGUGACAACAUGAUAAAAAUAUUCAAUGUGACAGUUUACUGAAAAUAAUGACACAAAACAUGAAGGACUUAGACAUUAUAUGUAAAAACUGGAAUCAUAUAAAUAUAUUACUCAUACUGUAUAAUAUAACAUUCACAUGAAUCAUAUAAAUAUAU